GCCAUCCCCAUGGGCAACGCUCCAACCAAGGCCCCGGGCUUCGCGAGGAGUCCCGCCUCCUCCGACGCCUCCAAGCGGGUCCACUGGGACGGCCCAGGGCUGCCGACUGCCCCGGGGAAGCCUCGGCUGGUCCAGGGCACGGAGGAGUCUCGGCCGGACGCGGUGACCAUCCGCUGGGAGCGGUCUACCAGCAACGGGGGGUCCGCGAUCACGGGAUACCUGGUGGAGCAUCGACGAAUGGGCUCCCCGUCCUGGGAGAGGUCAUCUCCGGGGCUCUGCGGGUUCCCGGAGUUGACCUUCGGCGGUCUAGAACCAGGCUGGCGAUACCAGUUCAGGGUCAGGGCGAGGAACGCCCUGGGCUUUUCGCAGCCCAGCGAGCUCUCGGACCCCCUGGCGGUGACCCUGAGGAGGACCUCGAUUUCGGCGAGCUCGGCCUGCGCGCCGGCCUUCGACAACGAGCUCCAGGACACCGUGGCCCUGGAGAACGAGCAGGCGGAGUUCGCGGUCAGCUUCCGCGGCAAUCCCAGCCCCAAGGUGUCCUGGUUCAAGAACGGCUUCGAGAUCUUCAGCAGCCGCAGGACGAGGAUUCUGACGGAGAACGGCAGGAGCACCCUGCUCAUCCGUCAGACGGUGUCCAGCGACGAGGGCGAGGUCAAGUGCACCGCCACCAACAGACUGGGUCACGCCGCCACCAGGGCCAGGCUCGUUCUCGAGGCACCCCCACGAAUACGACUACCACGCCAGUACGAAGACGGUCUCCUUUUCGAGCAGGACGAGACCGUGAGGUUGAAGGUGUCCCUGGCGGGCCGACCGCCGCCCACCGUCACCUGGUACCACGACGGCGAGCCGAUCCCCGCCGGGGACCAGAGGAGACACCUGGAGCUCGCCGAAGGGGAGUGCACCCUCAGGAUACCCGCCGCCAAACGCUCCGACCGCGGGGAGUACGCGGUCCGAGCCGUCAACAGGCUCGGCGAGGACCUCGUUUCCUUCCUCGUCACCGUCACAGACCGGCCAUCGGCUCCUGGGAAGGCUUCGGUCGCGAUGACCCUCGGGAGAUCGGUCACCCUCUCCUGGAAGGAGCCGGAGGAUGACGGAGGCUGCAAGAUCGGCACCUACAUCGUCGAGUACAACAGGGUUGGCUGGGACGUCUGGCUGAAGGCUGCGACCUGUCGGCAGACCACGACCACCCUGGGCGAACUGAUCGAAGGAUCGGAGUACAGGUUCAGAGUCAAGGCCGAAAAUCCCUACGGGGUGAGCGACCCUGGGGAGCCCAGCGACAUCGUCUUCGUUCCUGACCUCAGAAGGGGGAUAACAUCCCCAUUGAGAGGAAAAUCUCGCAGCGACCACGACAUCGGCGCCAUGGCAGGAAACACAGGACCUCGAGAGAAACGCGAGGUCAAGUUCGCCGAACCCGCCCCCCGGACGAGGUCCCUGACCCGAGAAAAGACCAGAUACGACGAGGAAGGUGUCCGAAGAGCAGUCAGCCCGGAAUGGCCCUCGAACCGACAGGGACUUCCUGCCGGAAGUGGCAGGCUCUCCAGGUCGGACAAAGCUACGGUGACCUUCGCCGACACCGUCGAAACUCGAGGAAGACCCUCCAGGUCUGUGGAGAGGAACUCCAGGAGUGUCUCCAAAAUCCCUCGGGUGGAAAUCGAGGAACCAGAUUUGGGACCAAAGGAACACAUCCCCAGAGUGGUACCAAAAAUGGACGGACGAACAACUCCCACGAGUCAUCCGAUAGUUUCUUCAGCUUCCGGAUUGGCUGGGACCAAAGUCGCGCUAAGGGCGAGCAUUGAAAUCCCUCGUCCGACCUCGCCAUUGCCGGGACCGAAAAUGGCACCACUUGCGACCCCCGAAGAGGAUACCGCGCUGCGCGGCAGCUCGGAGUUCGUGCUCGUCCUGUACCCCGAUGAGGAGAAACGGGACAUCGACAAGGAAGCAACCUCGAGUCAAUCUAUGGUACUGCCGCUAAUUGCAAUUACCUUUGUAGAGACCGACUCCACAAAGGCGGCGGUAGCGCCAGGAAUCCUGGAGGACGCCGAGGACGAGGACCUGGUGCCUCCUCCGAUGUCCGUGUCCCUUCCGGAGCUCUUCAGCACGGACCACAGGGUCGUCGAGACCCUGCGGGAGGCGGUGAGCUCGACGGAGCUGCUUCACGAGCGAGCGAUGGAGCGAUUCUACCGAGCAGUCGCCCUGGAGGAGGCCGAGCUGGCGAAGCGGAAGGCGAAGACCGAAAGACGCACCGGAGAACUCGCAACAACCCCGGACACCCCUUCAAGAAUCCGCGCUGUAGACUUCCCAGGAAGAAGGAGACCACCCCACGGAGUCGAAGGAGAGAGAAUACUACCACCAAAAAAGGUGGACCGAAGAAGAUCGAGCGAGGGCCAAGCCGAUACGUCGACCUUGAUGACGAAAAUGGGUCUGUCCAAACUGCGCACAGGAGCGCUUCCAGAAAUCGCCUCCGACCCGAACUUGCUGGGGAACGAGGAGGUGGCCACCACGGCGGAGUCCCUGGAAAUGGGGAAUCCCGAAGGACUCCGCCACUGGAACGACCUCAGCAUGGCAACGGAGACCCUGGAGUUCGUUCGCGAGACCCCGGGAUCGAUCUUCGAAGGCGGGAAGGCGAAGCCUGUGGAGAACUUCCACGAAGAGGAAGAGGAGCUGGAGGAGGAGGAAGAAGAGGAAGACCUGGAGGAGGAGGAAGAGGAGGAGGAGGACGAAGAUCAGGCUGAAAGCGACAGUAGCGAGGACCUUAGGCAGCUGAAGGCCAGGAUACUGGCCAGGCCUAUUUUGGACGAAGAAGACACGUAUCAUCCAAGGGGAAGACCGAUACUCCGGAGCAGCGAAGAACCACUUCCGGUGGGAUUGUCUCCGGAAGCGCCCUCUUCCCCGGUACCGACGUCGCCGACCAACCUGGCCCCGAAGUCGAUCCUGAAGAAACGGACCGAGUCGGAGCCGGUCCCGGUGAACCGAUUCGGCAGACCCAUUCCCCCGGAAAAGCCGAUCCGGAAGCUGCCCCCGACGACUUCGACUCCUUCUGCGGAUCUUCCUCCGCCUUCUCCGCCUCCUCCACCUUCUCCACCCCCAACGACGGAUGUCAUAUCCGAGGCGGAGAUGGAGAACGUUGCCAGCGUCCUCAACGCCGGGGCCGCGGCUCAGGUCGCCAGGGACCGCCGGAAACAGUCCUUGCUUUUGAGGCAGGCUUCCUCUGCCGAAGAAGAACUCGAAGCACGCCUAGCUGUUGUGGAUCACUACACGGAGAUAGUCAGAGAGCACUCUUCGGCCUCUAGAGUCCCCCUGGCGAAGAGGGACCGACCGGAGACCCUGGAGAACAAGGUGCAGGCCGGUACCAACGCGAACGUCGGUCUCACCGGCAACUCCGUUAGCCUUCCCGAAAAGAAAAACGACAUUAUCGCUCACCAGAGAGUGGCAAAGACGAUCGAAGCGAACAAACCCGAGGACGUCGAGAAAAGAUCUCGAAAGAAGGCGAGGUCGAAAGCUGCGCCGUCGAAGGCGACACAGGAAGUCGCGCCGUUGAAGCCGACGCCGGAAGUCGCGCCUACUCCCAGGCGGUCUUCUUCAAGGAGUCGUGCAGGGAGCAGAAGUCGAGCCGGAAGUAAAACUCGAGCCGAAAGUAAAACUCGAGCCGAGAGCCAAAGUCGGACCGGAAGUCGGGCAACUUCGCGAGAAAGGCCGAGGGAGAGGUCCAGGUCGAGGAAACGAGAAGAAGUCGAGGCGAUCCCGGACGCCAAAAUGGCGGCCGUUGCGCAGCGCAACGUCCGCUCGGCUUUCGGCUUUAUGACGGAUCUCACACUUCUCGGGGCCGCCGGUUACAUGUACGUGCAGGGUAACGAGAUACUUGCCAUCCCGAUUAUCGGGCUGCUGAUGUACAGGCAGAUUCGGGACGGAAUCAGCGCCAGAUUGGCGGGGAAACGAGGUGGACGUCGAUGGCCGGUCGGAAAGUGA